UAGAAUUCGGUCAGUCCAACAUCGUCUUGCAUGCUCGGACCAAGCUUCUAACCUAUGCGCCAAAUGUUGAAACGCUUGUCAUAUCCUCGCCUAAUGAGAUGAUCAGCACACCAACGCUAUCUAGCAAAUUCCUCCACCUCAAAUACUUGCAUAUUUCUCUAAUUGGAAAUGAAGCUAUUUCACCAGAUUAUGAUUACCUUUCUCUGGUUUCUUUUCUUGAAGCUUCUCCUCGCCUGGAGACUUUCAUCUUGGAAGUACGUCAGCCUUACAUGGAGCAUGAGUCAGUUAUUCGGAAUGCCUCGCAACUGAGGCGGCUACCACAACAGCGCCACACCAGCCUAAAGAGUGUGACGAUAGUGGGCUUCUGCUCCGCAAAGAGCUUGGUCGAGUUGACAUGCCACAUUGUGGAGAACGCGACAUCGCUCGAGCACCUCACCUUGGACACUAGUCAUGGUUGUCAGAGUUCUGGAGGGUGUAGCGUCAAUAUACCUCGGAGAAUGUACUAUAUGGAGAGUGGUGCUCUAGAGGCGGCCUCACGUUACAUGUGCAUCCCGAUGGGGGAGGAUAUCAUGAUGGAGACUGUCAAGGCGCGUUUGGCUAUCGGAUUACAUGUCAUGAGGAAAGUUCCCUCCAGAGUGGUGCUAAAUGUCGUGGAGCCAUGCAGUCGGUGCUAUGGUGUUGAAGAUUUAGAUGAUGUUGAAGAUUUAGAUGCCUGAUUAGCAUUGUUGCGCAAUGUUGAAUCAUGCCAAAUUGUAUAGUCUAUGAUGCAUCGUUUCCAAAACAUCAGAAUUGCUUGAUGAUAGUUGUGCCCACACAAGAUUAGAGGCCAGCAUGUUUUUACUCGUGGAUGUUUUCUAGAAAAAUUAUACUGUAUUUGUGCUAGUAACAGU